AGUAAGAAAACUAAUUUGAAACAAGGGGUUUUCUAGGGCUUUAAGCCUUUGUCUUCCUGCUCUUCGUCACUGCAAAUUCAAGGGAAGUCGUUUCAGAAACCUUCACAAUCACACUGAUAUAACAAAAAUCGGAAAAAGAAAAUGUUGUAUGUAAUAGGAUUAGGGUUAGGAGAUGAGAAAGACAUCACAUUGAGAGGGCUUGAAGCAAUCAAGAAAUGCAGCAAAGUGUACAUGGAGGCCUACACUUCUCUACUCUCCUUUGGCCUCACUACCGAUGGCCUCUCCAAACUAGAAAAGGUUUAUGAGAAGCCAAUUAUUGUUGCGGAUAGGGAAAUGGUAGAGGAAAAAGCAGAUGAUAUGCUGUUAGAAGCUCAAGUUUCUGACGUGGCGUUUUUGGUCGUUGGAGACCCUUUUGGAGCAACAACACACUCGGAUCUUGUUGUCCGAGCAAAGAAGCUCGGCGUGGCCGUUAAAGUGGUGCAUAAUGCAUCAGUGAUGAAUGCAAUUGGAGUUUGUGGACUGCAGCUCUACCGCUAUGGAGAGACUGUUUCCAUACCAUUCUUCACUGACACUUGGAGACCUGAUAGUUUCUACGAAAAGAUUAAAAGGAACAGAACACUUGGAUUGCACACUCUCUGCCUUUUAGAUAUACGAGUAAAGGAACCUUCACUAGAGUCCUUAUGCAGAGGGAAAAAAGUGUAUGAGCCACCAAAGUUUAUGACAAUAAAUACUGCAAUUGAGCAGCUCUUGGAGGUGGAGCAAAAUCACAAAGAAUCAGUAUAUAACGAAGACACUACUUGUGUUGGUCUGGCCCGAGUAGGUUGUGAAGAUCAAGUGAUAAUCGCAGGCUCCAUGAAACAACUUUUGACACUAGACUUUGGCCCUCCUUUACAUUGCCUCGUCAUAGUAGGUGACACUCACCCUCUCGAAGAAGAAAUGUUGGAGUUUUAUACAGUCGACAACACUUCAAAACAAACUUAAUAUUUGUUGCUUACAUACGAGGAUACUUCUACAAUACGUUUUGUUUACAUAGGAUUUCACUCUUCUAGUAUCUUACACAUUUUGGACAAUUAGACUCUGGAUAUGGAUUUCUGCUGCCCGCUAUUCAGAGGGUAUGUACCAUUUAGUGUAGAAUUUUAAUGAUCAAAGGAGGAUUGUUGAUUGUUCUCCCCAUUGAUGAUCAGUAGGAUUUUUUGUACCCUUUUUGUGAUGUUUAUUUGAGAACCUGCAUCAGGUGAUUAACAUUA